AUGCAGCGCUUUGAGAUAGUUAAUGGUGUCACUGAAGUUGAAGGAAUAGCAGAGGAGAAAACUACAAGUGCUGAAGAGGAUGAAGAAAAAGGAGUACCUGCUUUUUGGCUCAAUGCAAUGAAAAACAAUGAAGUGUUAACUGAAAAGAUUUCAGAGCGUGAUGAAGGUGCUCUCAAGUUUCUCAAAGAUAUCAAGUGGAGCAGGAUAGACAACCCAAACGGAUUCAAGCUUGAGUUUUAUUUCGAUACUAAUCCUUAUUUCACAAACACUGUUUUGACAAAAAUAUAUCACAUGAUUGAUGAGGAUGAGCCAAUAUUGGAAAAAGAUAAGGGAGGGGGACUUGCAUUUUUGAAAGGUGAUCUGUUUGAACGAGCAGUUAUUGAUGGAAAAACAUCGCAGACACCGCUUGUAUAUAUAAACGAAGAUCGUGAAUAUGUCAUCUUCGAUCCGUACGACAAAGAAGGUCACAAACUCGGCAUAAUUAGGCAGGAUGUUGCACUUGAAGAACCUGAACUUACAAGAACUAGAAGAAGAGGAAUUGCCGUAAAAGAAGGCCUUGAUUCUGGACCAAAAGAAUGGGAAUUGAGGCUCUUCUAG